UGGUGAUUCUGUGGGUGACUCUCAUCUUUUCUCUGCGAUCUCUAUCUCUCUUUCGUCUAUGUAUAUGAAUGGACGGGUAGGUGAUAACGGCUUGAGAUGGAAGGUCGGUCAAAUUGAAGGAAAAUAUCGAGAGGGAAGAUUUCCGUUGACUUUUCUGAAAAAGACACAAAAUUACACCUUUAUCCUUCAGUUAUCGAACGUAACUCGAAUGCUUCGGCAGAUUGCGAGAGCGGAAAACGAAGAGGACGAGAAAAAGUGCUUCCUCUGUUUCUGCUUUUCUUCCUCAGGAAAUGGUGCCACUUCUGCCAAAACUACGAAUAGUGGCAGAGAUAAUGUGGAAAGCCCCAAUCAGUUCUUGAAAUCUGUGAAAGAUCCAUGCAGAUCUCGAGGCUUUAGGAAUCUCGAUGAUGCCUUAGGCGUGUUUGAUAGAAUGCUUCACGUGCACCCUUUGCCUUCCAUUGUGGAUUUUAAUCAAUUGAUUGGGUGCAAUUGCAAGAAUGAAGCACUACUCAACUGUUAUUUAUCUCAUUAAAGAAAUGGAACCGUCAAGAUUUGCUCCUGAUGCUUGUACUCUAAAGGUUCUGACUAAUUGCUUUUGCCAUUUGAACCGGGUGUAUUUUAGCUUCUCUAUCUUAGCAAGAAGUGUGAAACUUGGUUUUCAAGUGGAUUGUAUAAUUCUAAACACUCUUGUCAAGGGGCUCUGUCUUUAGGGUAAAAUUCCUGAAGCUGCGAAAUUAGUUAACAUAAUGGAAAAGAUGGGCUACAAACCUGAUGCAGUUACCUAUGGAACGAUAAUGAACGGAUUGUGUAAAAUAGGUAAGACGAGUAUGGCUAUUGGGUUGCUUAGAAGGAUGGAAGAAGGAAAUCUUGAACUUAAUGUAGUGAUGUAUGGCACAAUCAUUGAUAGUUAAUGUUUGGACAAAUUGGUCACUGAGGCUUUGAAUUUUUUCUUUGAAAUGACAAUUUAAGGAAUUCAACCAAACCUUUUUAUUAACAAUUCUUUAAUUCAGGCUCUAUGCAAUUUUAGCCGG